AUGUCGAACUCUAAUUUCACUGUCCCGCCGGGCGAACAGAACGUCCAGGUUAGAAUCAUCGAUUCUACUACCAGGAUUGGCAAAUUAGAGCUGGGAUUUCUCAUGGAACCUUCAUUGGAGGGCAUGGAACAUAUGCCUCUUCUUCCCUCCUGGUCAUUCCUGAUCGAGCAUCCUUCGGGUCAAAGGGUUCUUUUCGAUCUUGGAGUUCCGAAGGAUUUACAUUCGUUUGCGCCGAUAGUAUGUGGAACUCUUAAAGAACGGGGAUGGGAAAUCGAUGUCAAGGAAGAGGUGAUCGACACUCUCAAUAAAAAUGGCAUCGCGGCAAAUGAAAUCUCCGCUAUCAUCUGGAGCCACUGGCACUGGGACCAUAUUGGUGACCCAUCACGAUUUCCUUCAUCUACCGAACUCAUCGUUGGCCCUGGUUUCAAGGAUGAGUUCCUUCCUGGCUAUCCAGCGAAACCAGAUGCUCCUGUACGCGAAAGUGACUUUGCUGGACGUAAUUUACGGGAAAUGGACUUCUCAAACUCUGUCCAAGUUGGCGAGUUCCGAGCUAUUGAUUAUUUCAAGGAUGGUUCAUUCUAUAUCAUAGAUAGUCCUGGUCACGCAGUCGGUCACCUUGGUGCAUUGGCACGUACCACGACUAACCCCGACACAUUUAUUUUCAUGGGAGGUGACCUCUGCCAUCACAGUGGGGAAAUCAGGCCCUCGAAGCAUAUGCACAUUCCUCACGGUAUCCGACCGAGCAGCAUCACUGCUCCUAUCACAUUUCCAUGUCCCGGGGACUCGGUAUACGAGCAAUUGCUAGUCCAACGGACUGGAUCACUGGAUAAGCCAUUCUUCCGACCAGCCAUGGGGCUAGAUAUUAAACAAGCGAUUGAUACAAUCGAAAAAGCUCAGGUGGCUGACGCAGACAGCAAUAUCUGGUUUAUAUAUGCUCACGAUCCCAGCCUGUUGAAAUGUGUGGAUCUCUUUCCCUUGUCAGCUAAUGCUUGGAAGGAGAAUAACUGGCGGGAGAGAACACUGUGGACUUUCCUUGGAGACUUUGACAUAGCCGCCAAGCAGAUUUAG